GGCUUCCGGAAGUUGCUCUCAAAAAUGCUGAAGUCCUGGGUGGAAUUGGCCGGGGCUGCGGGAGUUGGAGUCGGUCCUCGGGCCUGAGCCUCGAGGCCGCGCUCCCGGGUGUCGUUGAUGUUUGGGGCCGACGGGCGCCCAGCGAUCGGAACCGCCGCCGGGAAGAGCUGGCAUUUCAGUCGAACAAUGGAAGAGCUUGUUCACGAUCUUGUCUCUGCACUGGAAGAGAGCUCUGAGCAAGCCCGAGGUGGAUUUGCUGAGACUGGGGAACAUUCUCGAAAUCUGUCUUGCCCUCUGAAACGCCAGGCCCGGAAAAGGAGAGGGAGGAAGCGGAGAUCCUACAAUGUUCACCACCCGUGGGAGACAGGCCACUGCUUAAGCGAAGGCUCCGAUUCUAGUUUAGAAGAACCAAGUAAGGACUAUAGAGAGAAGCACAGCAAUAGUAAAAAGGACCGCAGUGACUCCGACGACCAAAUGUUAGUGGCGAAGCGGAGGCCGUCUUCAAACCUAAACAGCAGUGUUCGAGGUAAGCGGCUUCCGUGGCACGAGUCUGACUUUGCAGUGGACAACCUCGGGAACAGAACUCUGCGCCGGAGGAGGAAGGUGAAGCGCAUGGCCGUGGAUCUCCCGCAGGACAUCUCCAGCAAAAGGACGAUGACCCAGCCGCCGGAAGGCUGCAGAGAUCAGGACAUGGACAGUGACAGAGCUAGCCAGUAUCCAGGGUUUACCCGGAAUAAAGUUAAGAAAAGGAAGUUGAAAGUGAUUAGGCCAGGACCGAAAACCCAGGAGGAAGGAGUAGCUUUAGAGAGUGAAGGAAGAAGCCAGCCCAACAAGGACAAGAUGGAGUAUGAGGAACAGAAAGCCUCGGAUGAGCUCAGGAGUGAAAGUGACUCCAGCAGUCUCAGCAGCACUGACGCAGGCUUGUUCACCAACGAUGAGGGAAGACAAGGUGAUGAUGAGCAGAGUGACUGGUUCUAUGAGAAGGAGUCGGGCGGAGCAUGCGGGAUUGCUGGGGUCGUGCCCUGGUGGGAAAAGGAAGAGCCAGCAGAGCUGGGCACCAACCUUCCAGACCCUGUGUUUGAGAGUAUCUUAAGUGGCUCCUUCCCUCUCAUGUCACAUCCUGGCAGAAGAGGUUUCCAAGCUAGACUCAGUCGCCUUCAUGGAACGCCUUCAAAGAGUAUUAAAAAAUCUUCAGGGGCUCCACCUUCAAUGAUGUCUGCUCCUGGCCCUGUCAGUAACAAGAGGAUGGUUCACUUCUCCUCAGAGGCCCAUCACCCUGACCACUGGUUUAGCCCUGGGGCUAGGACAGAGCACGGCCAGCAUCAGCUUCUGAGAGAUAACCGAGCGGAAAGAGGACACAAGAAAAACUGCUCCCUGAAAACAGCCAGCAGGCAAACAAGCAUGCAUUUAGGAUCCUUGUGCACAGGAGAUGUCAAAAGGAGAAGGAAAGCUGCCCCGUUGCCUGGACCCACUGCAGCAGGAAUUGUGGGUGAGAACGCCCAGCCGAUCCUAGAGAGCAACAUCGGGAACCGCAUGCUUCAGAGUAUGGGAUGGACACCCGGUUCAGGCCUCGGGCGAGAUGGCAGAGGGAUCUCGGAGCCAGUUCAAGCCGUUCAGAGGCCGAAAGGGUUAGGACUUGGAUUUCCUCUACCAAAAAGCACCCCCACCAGCCCUGUCCCCACAUCAGGAAAACCUGCCUGAGCAGAGAGAGAACCUGCCGUUUCUGUUGCUGUGCCCCAUUGUUAUAACAUGAUCGUAGUGUGUACUGGUUUGAAGCCAACCUCUGACAUUGCCUCCAGGCUGCAUAGUGUCCUGCCAGUGAUAAACAUGGGAUUCCAUCAUGACUCACGGUGCUCAAGUACGAACCUCAGUUUCCAGCAGUUUCUAGAGUGGUUGGUCUCGGUUUCCAGCUGUUUCUAGACAUGAAGAGCAGUUGGUCUCUUAUUUAUUUUGAUCCUAAAUGUCUCCUUUCUGCUGCCUCGCUCAAUCCGUGCGUAUGUGCGCGAGAUGCUUGGACACAGUCGAGCACACCCAGUGAGUCUGAGAGGAUCACAUUCUCAUGAUGCCUACACUAAGUAGUUUGGUCCUUCUCUCUCCCCAUGUGCUCCCUCUCCCACAUGCAGGGAGUCCUAAGCAUGUCCAGGAAGGCUUAGUGAGCUCACUUUCCUUUGCUUUGGCUCUGAUGAGGGUUUGUAACUGCCAUGCCCAUUACACUAUUUUCAGCAGUGUAGCAUAAAGUCGGUCGUCGUCGUCGUCGUCGUCGUCGUCGUCAUCAUCAUCAUCAUCAUCGUCUUCGUCGUCUUCGUCGUCACCAAAGCACUGUCAGCAUCAUUCCAGUGCAGAGCUUAUACACCUUACCUCAUUUAGGACGUAAAGUCAUCACUAAAAGAAAAUGUAUUUUUAAAUUCAUCCUGACUGAACUGUAAACCCUGCCCUCCAUAUGUCUACCUCUUCCAAAGGCUGGGGUUUAAGGAUCAGCUCCAAGAUGAAGAAGAGUGGCCUGCUCAAGGUUUAGUCACUGAAGUAAAUUAUUAAACUCUUGAGUCAGUUUAUUCGAAGAUAUAAAUAGCUUUUCCCAAAACUGAAAUAUCUGGCCUAACCCACUUACCAAGAACAGAAGGAACUGAGGGACCAGUCAUUCUCACUUAGUUUAAAAUGAAGUGAAACACUAUGUUCCUUCCAUUCCAUUUCUGUCAUUCUCUUCAUAAGGUCAGAAAUUCUAAGUUGUUCUUUGUUCAAAAAAUACUGAUUUAUUAUAAUGUUCAUUAAAAAACCCUGAUAAUUAUUAUUACUUAGAAUGGCCUCCUUUGCUUCAGAAAAGGUUAUGAUAACCCAUCCUAGUGUAUGCUUGAACAAAGCAGUAUGAACUUCAAUUUUGUAAAUUGAAAAAGAAAUUAAAAUAUUUAAGGCAAUAGAAAAGGUUUCAUCAGGUUAACAGACCUUUCCUACGUGGUCCUCUAUAAAAACUGCAGACUCUGUAGUCUGGCAAACAUCUACGUUUCUUCUAGGAACUGUCUUUCCUGAGAAGUGGCCGUGGUAAGAAGUAGGCUGGCCAGGACACAAGUGGACCCGUGUUUGUGCCUCACGGAACACUCGUGUUGGGGAAAGCAUUGCUGCUGGAACAAGCUCGUGACUAGCAAACUGCCAUUUUUAAUAGCUGUCUUUCUAAAUGCUUACCAUAUUCACGUAGGAGGGAAGAUCGAAGAGAAUAAUCGUGUACUGGACUCAAGGGUCUGUUCCAAACUUGUCUGCUCUUCUUUGAGUUUUAUUUCUUGAUGGUCUUGUAAAGCCCUAGGAGGGGACUUAUAAAUAAAGGCUCAAUUUCGAGCCAUGGAGAAACCGUGAGGCCACUGAACGCUUGGCUCCAGUCUCCAGAGGAAGUGGCUGCUGUGUCCUUCCCCUGCCCUAGAGGAUGCACAGGAGCAGCCCAUGUGCUGAGCUCUCUCUGAGCACUUCCCUUCACUGCCCUCCAGACCGUGGGAACCCUCUGCUGCAGCUCCUGCAGCAAGGUCCUCACCAGCUGCUGUGGCACAGUUCUACUUUCACAUAAGAAAACUCCUGACUCACAGGUGACUGGGGGCAGUUCAUAUUCUACUAGUGUUUAUCUGUUCAGAGUGGAUGACCAGCACUUAUAGGAGCACUGACAGCCCCCAGCCCACUGCCAGCUGCCCACAGGUACCCUUCAGCAUUCAAGUCCUUAUAAAGAGCAGCAAGAUGUGACCACGCCCUGGCAUACCUGGCCAUAGCUGAGAAGUAAACACAAUUAAAACAGGAAACUUUCAUGUAAAUCAGAUGUCUGUUCGAGACAUGAAUCCCACUGGUUUACAUUUAAUAGAGAUUAAUAAAUCAUUGUCAGUUCAAAUCAGCUCAUGGUGCCCAUAUCAGUGGAGUUCAUGAUUUUAACUGUAUCAUUCCUCUCACCUUUAAAUAGUCUUAAGAGAUUUCCUCUACUUCCUCAUGAAUCCACCCUGUUGUUCUGCAAGCCAGUCAGUUAGGGUCUCUUCCCUUCCCAUACACUCCCUAUGGUAGCCAAAGAAUCAGAGCAUAGCUGUAUCAGCAGUGACACUCCACAUUGUGUGUCUUUGAUGUCAGCCAGAUUUGGGCUGCGGUCAUUUCCUCUCUUCUUCCCUCCCUAAAUAAAAUGUAUAAGGCUGAAUUCCCUUGAAUUCAUUUCUUUUUGUUUUUAAAUGAUCUAGUGACUUUAAAAGUGGCCAGCUAUGCUAACACCCACCCAUAUACCCAGAAGUUGGAAGAUUGAGGCAGGAUUGCCAUAAGUCCAAGACCAACCUAGACUGUGAGAGAGUUUCAGGACAGAUGGAGGCAUAUAGUGAUACCCGUGUCAAAAAUAAAUAUCAAUGGAAACCCAUUACUAAGUGCACCUUACCGGUAAAUUGGGCACCGUGUUUGAGCACAGCAGUUUGGGACUGGCUGCAAUGAUUAAGCAGACAGAGUUGAGACAGCAGGUUAAAUGUGCGUGUUUGAGUAUGUGUGCACACGGGUGCACAGCAGCCUGUGUUAGUUUGCGGUGGACAGACAGGAUUGAGAGGUUCUGCCCUUCAUUCAUGUUUAAC